AUGAACGAUAGUAACGUCUCUGGUAUGGUCUGGGAAUCGGCUGUUCCGCCAUCGUUGCAAUUUGCUUUUGGAGUAACUGGAAAUAUCACUGCUUUAUUAAUAUUAGUUUGUUCAUCAACGACACACAAAUGGCAGACGUUCUACAAACUUGUUGCAGGACUAGCAUUAACGGAUGGCGGGGGCAUUCUGCUUAUGUAUCCGCCCAUCCUAGCUCGAUAUGCAACGGAUUUUACCUUUCACUUUCCAAAAAAUUUGUGUGCCUACAAUUCUUUUCUUACUCCUUUCACUAUUUUAUCGUCUGCUUUGAUUGUCUGUGCUAUGUCCAUAGAUCGCUUUAUGGCUGUCUAUUUUCCUUUCUACUACAUGUACAACGUGGAAAAGGGUGACAGAAAGCGCGCUGUGUUUGCGCUUCUAUUCAUAUGGACAAGUGGAGCCUUGAUUUCCAGCCUACAUCUAAUGGGACUGGGCUCAGUCUACUAUUUUUAUCCGGGUUCUUGGUGUUUCCUGAAUUUCGUCAGUGACGAUACUUUUGAGCGUGUGAACGCCUCUAUAUACUCAGGUCUGGGACUACUGGCACUCUUCGUAACAGUGUUCCUGAAAAUCUCAGUCAUAGCGGCGCUUGUAAAGGGUCUUAAUCACACUGAAGGUCAUCUCCGUCGCGUCAAAAAGAUGUCUACAACAUCGUUUUUAAGGCAAUGA